AUGCUACCCUUUCAGUGUUUCAAGUGGCUUCUGAGCCUGUCUUGAAUCAAUAUUAUAACAGUAAAUUCAUAUAGUAGGAACUCCAGAUCUUACCAAUACAACGGAGUAAGUGAAGCCUCUUAUAGAUUUAGCGACAUAAACUUUUACUUUGCUGCUGGAGAUAAUAUCACUCCUGGCCAUGUAGAUGCAGCAGCCAGGUUCUCUGGCAAGCUCACUGCUUUUAAGACAGGAGCUUAUACCUUAUCCUUGGUGCAAGAUAAUGGCAGUACGCUAAGAAUAAACGGAGUUGCUCUUAUAAAUAAAUUCAGACUUGAUUGGUACGGAACAGACUAUGUCACCUACAACUUCAAUGCCUUUGAAACCUAUGAAGUCCAAAUUGAUUGGGUUGAUUUCUCCGGCCCUGGAGGAAUUAAACUCGGCUGGGACUCUGGCUCUGGUGAUAUGUUUAUCCCUCCUGAAAAUUAUGCAGUUGCGAAUGAUAUUGGAUCUUCUCCAUUACAGAUUUCUGUAUCUUGUCCUGAAGGAUAUGAACAAGUCUCCUCAACAACAGAUCAAUGUAGAUCUAUAUGUGGAGACGGUCUGCUAGUUGGGCCUGAAGUCUGUGAUGACAACAACACAGCCGACGGAGACGGUUGUAAGUCUGACUGCACUGCUGUAGAGACUAGAUGGGUCUGAUCAGGAGGAUCAGCUACUACACAAAGCAUCUGUAAAGAAUGCACUCAAGGAUUUUACCAAAAUAGUCCUUCCCACCCCACUACUUGAGUGACUGAAUGAGGUGAUGGGUACAAAGUUGGUGCAGAAGUUUGUGAUGAUGGUAACACCAGUGAUGCAGAUGGAUGCAAAUCUGAUUGUACAGAAAUUGAAGAAAACUAUGUUUGCUUUGGAGGAAGCCCCAACAACAAAGAUACCUGAGAACUUUGUGCACCUGGGUUCACCCCAGAUGCAAACAAAGAAACAUGCAUUCCUGUUUGAGGAGAUGGUAUCUUGGCAGACUCAGAAGCAUGUGAUGACGGCAACACAAUUGAAGGAGAUGGAUGAGCCCCAAGUUGAGAUGCAAUCGAAGUUGGAUGGAGUUGAGAGCAAAACAACCCAACUAUCUGUAAAAGGGACUAUAAAUCUGUCUUAUUCACAGAUGAAGAAAAAGCUAUCCAGGGAUCAACCUUCUCGUUCAUUGUUAUACUUGUUGGAUUUAGCAUUAUUUGAAGGUCAAUCAAUCAGCCGGGAGGAAACUCAGCACUAUCUUUUAUGAACCAGAUUCAGCUAUUAAUUUUAUUUGUAUUGCUUGAAAUUCAUCUACCUUUGAGAGUUAUAAAUUUUCUCAGGUCUCUUUCAGUAAUUCUAGUGAAUCUAAAUAUCAGCUGGAGCUUCUUCAUUGCCUUCAGAGAAAUCAUUGAUUGGUUUGACUUCCCUCAAAACAGGGCUGAUUUUGAGAUGAUAAAUAUCAACUCUGGAAGCACUCUGCUGAAUCUAAACACUCUUAUCAGCCUAAUCAUUGUCUUUAUGAUUUUUCAUCUGUCUGUGGCUAUCUUUGUGAACUGAAACAAAGAGUCCGAAAAGUGAUGGGCUAGAUUAGCCAAAUACAUCAAAAAGUGCUUCACCUUCAAGGUGUACUUUGUAUUGAUUUUUGAAACGUUUAUUAUUAUGUGUCUUUGCUCUUUCUCAGAGAUUGAUGCUUUUACAACUGAUGGCUCUGGCUCUCAAAAACGGUCAUUCGCAUUCUCAGUAAUAUGCCUUGUGAUCAUUCUCGCAAUCCAGCUCUUAGUCAUAUCAGUGUGGGUCUGAGCAACCAUCUCUCCUUCAGAUUCAAACAGGAUGCUCUUUAUCGAGCUUUUUGAUGGGUUGAAGACCAGCAAACUAGCUCGACUCCAGCCAUUGCUGUUCUUGUUGAGGAGAGCGAUCCUCUGCCUAAUGAUAGCCAGUAAGAGAGCAUGUUCAUCGUUUAGCAAUGAGAGGUGCCAGCAAGCCUCUACUACUGACCUCAUUCUUAACUAUAAAUAUCUUACACUGAGGAAUUGUCUGAGUCAUCAGACCAUUCCAAAAGGUAUCAGAUAA